AAUAUGAAAGUAUCCGCUCCAGGCCACACCAAACCGAUCCUCUGCAAGGUCUUCUCUCGCACAGGACCGGCUCACCUUUGGUGAAUCGGCCAUGUUUGGCUCCAGAAGCUGCCGAUCGGAAUGUGGGCGUACGGCGGCCACAUUGAUUUUGAUGUCUUAUCUUGAUCGCCGUUGGCCUCGUGUUAUCAGCCUGGUGGGUGCACCCGCCUGUCCUCUGUCGUUCUGUCGACGAGGCAUGUUUGCGAUUGCGGCUGGCUCUCGAUCACGCUUACAUGGAGUCUUUCUAAGCCCCUCCCUUCUUGGUACAACUUCUUUCUCUGACUCAGAGGCCAUCUCGGCCCUUACCCGUGUCAAGAUGAAGUGUUAUGAGCCUGCGCUUCCUUUGGGUGGCAGCCUCGGGCUUCCUCUCUACCGGCCACUGUGAGGUUGCUCUGGACUUCAUCUCACAAUGUCCCAGCCCCCGCGAAGCCUCAUUAUGAGAAUGACUCAAUGAGUUCUUUCCGUCACCUGGCUGCCUG